CUCAAAGAGAACCUUCUCUUCAUCAACUUAACCCUUCUCAUUUUCUUAUCACUACUAUCGAAUUCUGAUUCUUCAAGUUUAUAGCUUCUGUUCCUCUCCCUUUCUUGUUCCCUUCCCUUGUUUCCAUUUUUGUGAAACAAGAACUGAGAGUGCAAAAAACUAACUGCAGUGUAAUACAGAGUGUAACAAUUAAUCUGAAAAAAAAAAAAAGGUUUGAUGUCUGUGCCAUUAGAGCAAGACUAUGUAGUAGGCUUACCUGAGCUUCCUUCAAUGGAAACCACAGAAAAAACCCCUCAAAAAACAACAAAAACCAGUGGUAGCUUCUUGAACCUUAAGGCCACUGAACUUAGACUUGGCUUGCCAGGUUCAGAGUCACCAGAAAAAGAUGAAGAUGAUGGUGUGUGUUCUGGGAAGUUGAAUCUCUCUGGAAAUGGUGGAUCAGAAAUGGGUAUUGGUAAAGAUGGUAACUUGUUCACUCCUCCAAGAGAAAGAGAACAAGCAUCUGUUAUGAAAGAGUCAACAAAGCCACUCAGUCAGAACCACAAGCCUCAGAUAUCUUCUGCUACUGCUGCAAAAGAACAGGUAGUGGGAUGGCCACCAAUCCGUUCAUUCAGGAAGAACUCAAUGGCAACUUCUUUGAUGAAUGAUGAAGUUGAUGCAUCAGAAGCCAACUCUGGUAAUUGCCUUUAUGUCAAAGUCAGCAAGGAUGGUGCUCCAUUCUUGAGGAAAGUUGAUCUCAAAAACUUUGAUUCUUAUAGGGAUCUCUCUUCAGCCCUCAACAACAUGUUUACUUGCUUUACAAUCAGUCAAUGUGGUACUCAUGGAGUUUCUAGUAGAGACAAGUUGAGUGAAAGUAAGUUGAUGGAUCUGCUUCAUGGUUCAGAAUAUGUUCUCACCUAUGAAGACAAGGAUGGUGAUUGGAUGCUAGUUGGUGAUGUUCCAUGGGAGAUGUUCACUAAUUCUUGCAAGAGACUGAGGAUAAUGAAGAGUUCGGAAGCUAUUGGACUAGCACCAAGAGCCAUGGAAAAGUGCAAAAGUCGCAACAAGCUAGCACAAUAUAUAUAAAAUAUAGCAGAAGCUCACCUAUGGAAUUCUCUUCCUUUCUUAUAUUAUGGACAUGCAAGUUUUCUAAGAGUUUUAUAUUAGUAGCAACUUGUGUUAUUUAUUGUAGACAUUUUAUUUAUAAUAUUUAUUUCCUUAAGUUUGUUGCCUACCCUCUCUUUCUA